AUUGGUGAAUGGGGGGAGUAGCCUUCGGUGCUUCGCUCAACGCUCAGGGAGGUGUGAGUUGGUUUGUGGAGCGCUGUGUUUAUAUCUGUAUUGGGGGGACGAAACGUCCGUUUCUGGUUGUGGAUGUGCCAUCAUGUCCUCUUCGUUGGAGUGUGGACCAAGAGUGUGUCAAUAACCUUUUAAAGCCAGCGAUAAGGAGACUUUUUUUGGAAUUGAGUCAUGGGUGGACAGAUAACGCGAAAUUCCUUGUAUGACUCCAUGGGGGGCCAGUUCCCCGCGGCAGCGCACCGAUGCCACCACAAACCCAAGCGCCUGCUGCCCAUCCAGUGUGUCGGGAGCAGCAAGACCGCCGGUCUGACCAUCAGCCCCUUGCUGUUCCACCCCAACGCCAAGGGCGCCCAGAUCGUCAUGGACCUGGCCCAGAGGAUGGUGAAGAGGCAGGCCAGCUUCUGCAACGCCAUCACCUUCAGCAACAGGCCCAUAGCCCUGUACGAGCAGGUCCGGCUUAAGAUCACCAAGAAGCAGUGUUGCUGGAGCGGAGCUCUGCGUUUGGGCUUCACCUCCAAGGACCCGUCCCGUAUCAACCCAGACAGCCUGCCCAAGUACGCCUGCCCCGACCUGGUCUCCCAGUCAGGCUUCUGGGCCAAGGCCCUGCCCGAGGAGUUUGCCAAUGAGGGCCACGUCAUUGCUUUCUGGGUGGACAAGAAGGGCCGGGUCUUCUACCGGAUCAACGAGUCCAGCCCCAUGCUGUUCUUCAGCGGCGUCAGGACGUCCGAGCCCCUCUGGGCUCUGAUCGACGUCUACGGGCUGACGCGAGGGGUGCAGCUGCUGGAGAGCGAGGUGGUCGCCGGACUGCCUCGCCCGCGCUCCUUCACCACGGUCCGCUCCUCCUCCCUGCGCCGCGAGGCCGACGACUCCCGCCUCUCCGUCAGCCUCUGUGACCUCAACCUCCCGCAGGACGAGCACGCCCCGCGCCCCCACCGGGGCCACGCCCUCCGCCUGGCCCCCGGCGGCUCGGCCUCCUCCUUCUGCCCCAUCCCCCAGAACUCCCUCAACUCCCAGCAGUCGUCGCUGCUGCCGCCGGCGCUCGAGAGCGACCUCCGCUUCCACCAGCUGCGCGGCGCCCACAUCCAGACGCUGGACGAGCAGACGGUGGCGCGGUCGGAGCACGCGCGCGAAGAGCGCACGCUCGUCUUCACCGACCGGCCGCUGCGCAUGGGCGAGACCGUCUUCAUCAAGGUGACCAAGUCCAGCCCGGCGCGCUUCGGCUCGCUCUCCUACGGCGUGACGUCGUGCGACCCGGCCGCGCUGCGCCGCGACCUGCCAUACAACCCGGAGGCGCUCGUCGACCGCAAGGAGUUCUGGGCCGUGUGCCGCGUGCCCACGCCGCUCCAGAGCAGCGACAUCCUGGGCUUGGUCAACCAGGAAGGGGAGGUGAUUCUGAGCCACAAUGGCGUCGGCGCGGGGAUGCAGGUGUGCGUGGACAACUCGCGCCCGCUCUGGAUGUUCUUUGGCCUGCACGGAGCCGUCACGCAGCUGAGGAUUCUGGGCUCCACUCACCUGGGGGAAGCGUGGGGCUCCUCCAGCCCGGGCUCCCCGUCCUCGUCCCCCCGCACCCCCAACAUCCUGGGCAGUGGGAGCUCUGACCCCGUCCUGACCGCCGGGCCCGGCUCGGGGGCUUACUGCAGCUCAUCAGGGGGAACCAUGCCCAGCUCACCCGUCAGCCUUCCCAAGUCUCCUACCUUCCAGUCAGGUCGCGGGCCGUGGUCGGGCGACGAGUGCUCCAUCUGCUACGAGAACGCGGUGGACACGGUGAUCUACGCCUGCGGCCACAUGUGUCUCUGCUACACCUGUGGCCUCAAACUGAAGAAGAUGGCCAACUCCUGCUGCCCCAUCUGCCGUCGACAAAUCAAAGACAUUAUAAAGACCUACCGGAGCACGUAGGGGGAGGGGCGAGGAGAGGAGGUGGUGGUGGUGUUGGUAGAGACAGGAUGGAGGAGACAAGAGUCUGAAUACUAAAUAUUGAAAUGACUCUGGUGUUGGUUGGAAAGGGGAAUUUGAGAGGAGGACGAGACAGAGAAACUUUUUGAGGGAGGAAAAAGAAGACUGGUGUUUUGUUUUUUCUUCUGCCGUUUUCAAGGAAUCCUCUUUGUUUUAAAUAACUCCCGUUCGAAGGAAGACAGAGUUGAGGCGAGGGUCUCAUGUAUUUCAUACUUGUUGCACUCAAAGGUAUAAUGGCGUUUGAAGCAACAAAGGGAGUUUACUGUCUCUCAGGGAGAGGUGUUUGUACUCUCUCUGGGGAUUCAGGAAGUUUCUCUGAGACUUUGAGGAAGUGAGGAGGAAGUGACAUCGCUCGUACUUUUUCAUUUGUUUUUCGAGAGUCAUGUUUGUGAUAUGGUGAGAGCCUUGCUCGCUAUGGAGGCACAUGAGGUGUUUUCAGGCUCUAUGUCUGGAUAUUAGCUAUUUAUUUUGUGGCGGAGGACUGUCUCCUUCAAUAUAUUUAAUCUCACCCAGACAUAUUGCUGUUCCAACAAGGCAAGUGUCAUCUAAAUAUGUGGUGCUUUAUGCAUUUCUCAGUACGUCACAACUUCUGUCUGUGUGUUACUGAGACAAACUGCAGUGGAAAGGUGAGAGGACCUAUUCAUGCGUCGUAAUGAGAAAGUGAUGCAUUUCUGUAGAAGUAAUACAAUAUGUCAUUGGGAGAUGGCUAAUGUGGUAACAUUGUGAAAUACAGGGAUACAUAGCAAAACAGGAAGUGUAGGAGUGCUUUGUCAUCGCUCCUACCGUCCUACAAGGUCAUGUCCUCUCAGACUUAAUGUCACCUGUAUGGUAGAUGUGUCAUAGCAAUUGUGGGUGUUAGCUGUUUUCUAUUGCUAGCUAGCUGCUCGCUUUGUCGUGUUGUUGCACUGAAGUAUUCUCCUUUCAUAAAUGCCCCAUUAUGAAAGGAAAGGAUAAUGACUUUCACAAAUGGGUAACAAACCUCAGAACAAUGCAACCUGCGGCCUAAUUUCCCACAGAAUGAUUUCCCAGAUCAUGUGACAGGAAGCAGGAAGUUAACAAACUGUAAUUUGCAGAUCCCCAGGUCCAACAAUUUUCUGAUAUAUUUCCAAACUGGGGCUAAAACUCCACUAUUCAAAAGCCCAAACACACUGUGAACACACAUAUGAUGAAUACGUUUCCCUUUUAAAUGACUCCCUUGAUCAGCCACCAAGCCUUGGGACUGUUGCCAUGGGAAUGGCAGCAACCACAGAUAUGACACAGAUUUCUGCCUUAACUUUUGAAGGGUUCAUUAGUUUUGUGUGGACGUGUAAAGUACUGUGGUUGCCUGGUUCCUGUACAUAUUUUCACCAAGACCCCUUACUGGAAACCAAAUAUACUGCUCAGUGGCAGGAAAGGACCAUUCAGGAAGAAAACAUGAGGAGAAGCACACACACAGAACUGAAUUCAAACGUUUUUUAUAUCUCAGAUAGCUUGCUAGCUUAAAGGCCAGGUGUAACAGACAGUGAGUAACAUGUUAAGAUAUGGCCCUUGUUCUCUAACCAAUGUACAGUAGUAAUAUCAUCGGCAUACAUAACAACACUCAUACCAGCGACCCCAUAUCCUUUUGAUUCAGGAGCAGGAAAAACAUGUCAAAAGUCAAUAUUUUAGGAUCAAUGUGUCAUCCUUUUGUGUACAACAUCUGAUUAGUCUCCAAGUCGGAUAUGACCCCCAUCAACACAUUUUAGCAUAAAUCAUUCAUAUGUGUACUGGAACUACAAGCCAUUGCUUUCCACAGAAAGCUGCAAGGCUUAAAAACACGUUGUUUCUCUUGGGAACAAUCAGCACCCUGAUGUAAUAUAAGAUAUUUGACAAAUGGGGAUUGAAUCUUGCUGCUACAGUGUUUGUCAGCUCCUCUUUGGGGCAAAUGCUUACUUAGUUGUGUCCACUACAACCCUCUCGCCACUCAUUUGCAUAGGUUUCGCUACUGCUUGAAAUGUCAAUUGAGAUUUGAAUGUUAAUUUAUGCGAUAGGAAUGAGAAAAACAAGUCGUCUGCUUUUCACGUUUGUUAAUGUUGAUCAUCAUGAUUGUAAUGUUUGUUUUCUGGGUUUUUUCGAAGAACCAUGAAAUAAUAAACUUUUUUUAUGUUUUUAUCCUACAACAAGGAUAUAUAAAUCUUGUACCUUUAAGCAAUAACAAUAUAAAUUGCAGUAUACAAUCACAACCUCAUUGCUUUGGGUACAAGCUAAGCACAUAUUCAUCCUUUACAUCCCUGUAUUUCAGAUGUUUUUUGUAAUUGUUGUUUCAACCCAUUCAAGGGAAUUCUACCCAGUUUGUGUAGCCCUAAUUGAAAUUAUUGAAAAGGCCAUUGUGUUGUGGUCCUGUUCAGUGUCACUUUAUAAAGCUCCUGAUUGUAAUUUUGUAAGUGAUUAGUCUCUAGGUAUACUCUGGGAUAUUGACUGUGUUUUUUGACCAAAUCAAAAUUUCAAUCAAAUUUAGAUUUGUCAAUCCUAAAUAUGUUGAAUAAAUGUAUUUCCCCCAUUGGUGUGUAAUGGAAUUAUAAAAAAAAAUAUUUUUCAUACUUUCCUAAUAUGAUGAUCAUUUUAAGAUGACAUUGUAUGACUGAUUAAAAGAAAAUCAGUCAAUUGUCCAGGACAGUCCACUUUAAUGCAGGGAAUUUCCUUCAGAAGAUAGCAUUUACUCAUGUUGACGUCAUAACCUAUUAUUUCCGGGUUAAGUUUCACACAACAAAUCUUACAUGAAUGAGUUGCAAUGUUCUCAAUAUUUACACAGAAGCCAUUUUUGGUUCCCCUGUUGAAUGUUGUCGACCCUGUAUUGUACUGUGUUAGUCACCCUCUACAUUGGUGUGUGGACAGAUUCCUCAGAAAUGACUGUACUUUGCUGGUGUGUUUACUUUCUACUAUAUAUAUCCCAAGAUUUAGGAGGCUUCUGUUUCUAAGAAAAAAGCACAUGUCAGUAGAUUUGGAGUGGUUGUUCUUUUGCUUUCAGUAUUUUCAGUUGUGUUUGAA